UCCGAAAGAGCAUGGAGGAUCAAGGAACGAGUGGCGCAGCCUCCACGCAAGCGAGUCAGAGGAGGAGGAUGAGGAUGUAGAUGUUGAUAAAGAAGCAGAGCCACAGAGACAGAGGCUUGACUCAUUCUUGGAAGGCGACAGUACAUCUGUGGUGGAUGAACCCCUUUACAUUACUGUCCGUGGCCGUAAGAUUAAACUGCCUCGGUUCAUGAAAUUUCCCCGCAAGCAUGCCAUCGACCCACAAGGCAGAUUAUAUCUUCUCUGGCUGUUUCUGGUCACCUGCUGCUACACAUACAAUGCUUGGAGUAUAUUCCUGCGAGCUGCGUUUAGUCAUCAUCAGACAGCCGGCAACUUGAAGUACUGGCUGACGUUUGACUAUCUGUCAGACCUGGUCUACCUGCUGGACAUUCUGCUGAUCAAGAUGCACAUCGUGUACCUCGAUGAAGGGAUAUUUAUAGAUGAUCGCAAGAUGAUGAUGAAAAACUAUUUAGGCAAGAUUGACUUCAAGCUGGAUGUUGCGAGUCUGGUACCAUUGGAUAUCUUUUACUUUGUCACUGGAGUCAAGCCCAUGUUGAGGUUCCCUCGAUUGCUUAAGGUGCAAACGUUCUGGGAGUGUUACACGCGACUGGACGCUAUCGCCAAGGCACCGCAUUUUGUGCGUGUGUUUAAGACCUGCACAUACAUGCUGUUUAUGAUCCACAUCCAGAGCUGCGCCUUCUAUGCUUUCUCUGAGUUUGAGAAAAGCAAGGGUAUAUAUAACGAGUGGGUCUACAAUGACCAGGGCAAUGCAUAUAUUCGCUGCUUCUACUUUGCUACAAAGACGGCAACCUCUAUUGGCAACAAUCCAACUCCUCAGAAUAUCAACGAGUUCAUGUAUAUGACACUUGCUUGGCUGAUGGGUGUUUUCGUGUUUGCUUUGCUCAUUGGUCAGGUGCGAGAUAUAUUCCAAGCUUCAAGGAUGAUGAAAACGGAAUACAGGAAGACAAUGGAUAUCACAACAAACUACAUGCAGAACCUAAAGGUGCCCAAUGAGUUGCAAGACAGGGUCAAGCUGUGGUUCAAUUAUAAUUGGGAGCAGCAGAAGACACUAAAUGAAAAUGCAGCACUGGAUAUUUUACCCUUGAAGAUGAGGACGGAUUUAGCUAUCAAUGUGCAUUACCAGACUCUCAUAAAAGUACAACUGUUUCAGGACUGCGAGAAAGGACUGCUGCGUGCAUUGGUGCUGAAGCUGAAACCUGUACUCUUCUUGCCUGGAGACAGUGUCUGUAGAAAGGGUGACGUUGGGCACGAGAUGUACAUUGUGAACAAUGGCCAAGUACAGGUGAUGGGAGGAGAGAAAAAUGAUAUAGUGCUGGCAACCUUGCACUCGGGGAGUGUGUUUGGAGAGAUAAGUUUGCUGUCGCUGGCUGGCGGUAACCGCCGUACUGCAGACGUUAGAUCCCGAGGCUUCUCCAAUCUGUUCAUACUUAGCAAGAACGACCUUCAGGAGGCGAUCAAGGACUAUCCUGAUGCACAAGAUGCUUUGAAACGCAGGGCAAAAAAAAUCAUGGCACAGAAUGCGAAGCGGGAGCGCAAGCCAUCACUGGAAGAGGAGGUAGAAGUGAAGCCUGGUACACACAAUACACCCCGGAUGGUGUCAGCAGUGAUCCAGGCAAUGGACAAGAAUCCUGAGAUUCACUUUAGAGAGGUCACGCAGAUACUCACCGGUAGGAAAAGCAGGACGUCAUCUACACUGCCACCGCAGCUUUCCAUGGAUCGGCAAUCAUCUGUUGAGCAGCAUCCCAGCCCAGAUGGUAGCAACACCGGUGGCACAGAUGAGCUGCUUGUCGUAGAAACUACUCAACAAGGAUCAAAACAGAGCACGCAGAUCUCUAUUAGGCAGUCGUUGAACCAAGAGACAGCAGAGAGAAGGAGCCGCCUGUCCAAAAUGAGAUCCAUCAACGAGAAUGUAGAUGAUAAGACAGGUGCGUGUGAAGAGCAGCAUGCAGAUUCUGCGAUUGAGAACACAACCUCUCCUAACUCGUUCCUUGACGAAGCAGAACAGAAUGCUGGCGGCUACAUGGACGUAAAAAUAAAAAACACUCCUGUUCCCGAGAAUGAUCCAAAUGGACCAGGAAGUCAAGAAUCUGGCAUAUCAGUUGAUGAAUUGCAUGAGAAGGGAACCAGAAAAGAUAGGAGGAGUGGCAAGGAGCGACUGGGGAUCAAAACAAGGGUAGCACCACUAACAAAGAGAGAGCAGGGUAAGGAUGAUUGGGAUGCAUCUGUGGACAGCUCGAGUGAACUAGGAGCAACCGAGGAGAGCCAGCCUUCAAGUGCUACCAUGUCCGCCUUGCAGCAGCAGAUGUGGCAGAAGAGAGCAUCACUCUUCCAAGCAAAGUCGUCGCUUGAAGAGCCCAUUGUCACCGAAAACACUGCCUCUCCUUAUCAGAAGGUAGCCAGUGAAAACAAAAACGAAGCUGGUAAAGGCGAGAAUUUUUCAAACCCUACUUCUCAACAAGGUAGAAUAGUGUCACCUCCUCCUAAUCAUGGUCGUGGGGAUGUGUCCGUCCUUACUUCUAAACCGGCUAGAAAAUCCUCUCCCUCUGCUAGCCAAAAGGCUGGAGAUGUGUCCGUCCCUACUUCUCAACAGGCUCGAAAAUUCUCUCCCCCUAAUAGCCAAAGUGGUGGGGAUGCGUCUGUCUCUGCUGUUCAACAGGGUCAACGAGUCUCUCACCCUACUAGCCAAAAUGGUGGGGAAGUGUCAUCACCUGCUUCUCGUCAGGUUAGAAAGGUGUCGCCAUCUGCACAGGGCGAAGCCGUAUCAGCUACUCCGCGGCCAGUCCAACGACAGCCGACAUACGAGCUGCCGUUACCGUGUCACAGCGAGCUGAUUCUAACCCCGAAGUCGCUGAUGUCACUCGAUAGAGAGGCAUCCGUCCUGUCUCGGUCCUUGUCCAUGCAGGAUCGGGCUGUUUCCACCAGUUCCAGCCUCAUGUCUGCCUCUUUUGACUUUGAGGAUGAGUCUAACAUAGCGCUGCAUCCGGCAGACGGCCAUCAGGGUGGUCAUAUGAGUCCUGACCGACUGUCGAAAUGCAGUAGUUGUAGCGGCGGGCUUGAUAACCUUGGUUACCUGCCCGAGAGCGAUUCAUCGGAGACUGUGCACAUUAACGAGACAAGUUGCUGAACAGUUCAAUUUUAUUUAUUUAUUAUUAUAAUAUAUACUCUUUAUAUUUAUUUGUUUUUUAUUUAUUUAUUUAUUUAUCUAUUUAUUUGUUUAUCUAUACACUCACUUACUAGUUCGGGACGUGCAACAAGAUGCGGGCUAAUAAUGUAUUCGUUGUGUGCUUAUGUUGAUAAGUAGACCCCUCUUUGUUUAUUGUAAUUUGUGAUGUAAUGCUGCAAAUCAAAAGACCUUUGAAGCAUAUUACUCGCCCGUUAAUAUAAUGUACUGGUGCCUGAUUGGCCUAUAUGACAUGUUUCAUUUGUUUGUACAGUCAUUAAUGUAUUUAUUGAUUAGUUCAUUUGUCAUAAUUACGGCAUUACUAACUUGCAUUGCUUUGCAUAACUGCAUUGCUUGUUGAAUAGCACUAGCAUCCGUCCAUCUAUCCGUCCGUCCGUUCGUUCAUCAGCGACAGUGACAGUUUUAAUUAGCUUUCGCCUACAAUUCACAUAGCGGAAAUCUAAGGGAAUAAAGAUUGGGGAUCAUAUUAGCUGUAGCCAUUAAAUUAGCGCUGUCUUUCAGCAGGGCUUAACAUUUUAUUUUCUUUGGUUAAUAAUUUGGGAUAUACGACUAAGCAAAAUCACAGCCUCCUGACGCAAUUACCCAGAUAUUAAGUUUGUAAAUAAUCGCUAAACAGUAUGUACUAAUGCUACUACGGUGUGCCGUGUUUCUGGUUUGUGCUCAUAUAUUUCUAAUGUUCGUCGUAGAGAUACUGUAUAUAAUCAUGAUUAAUAUUAUUUUUGUCGUUUCAUGGGCAUGGGUAGCUAUGCUCACUAGUACAUUUGUAUAGCUCUAUUUGAAUUGGUAUAUGCUCCGGCCGGCAUGUACAAGUCUGUUCAAGUGAAACGUUUAUUGCUUUAACGUAGCUAUGAAAUCACUGUAAUUAAGUAUGUAAUCAAUUAUAAAAGUCGUAGUGCGUGGUGCAAUGCUGUAUAACAUGCUCUAAUGUGUUAAAUCCGUAUCCUAAUGACAUAUCUGAGAUAGCGCUGUACCUUACCCGUAUGUAAUAAAUGUGUCGUUAAAAA